CAUUCCAACAAAAACUUCUGUUGACGAGCCCAGUGCCUCCGUCGCCGGCACCGUUCUUCCGUCGCCGGCACCGUUCUUCCGUCGCCGGCCAACCUCCCGUCGCCCUCAAUCGUCGGAAAACAAGUAAGUUUACUUUUUCCGGCAAGUUUUCCAGUUUUCCGGCGAAAAACACGGUGAGCCGAAAAAAAAUUGCGGCCCGAAAGCCGCCGAGCCGAAAAAAAUUCGGCCAGGCGGCGCCUCGGCCCUAAUUUUUUUCGUCCGGUCGCCGGACACGCCGGCCAAAAUUUUUCCGGCUGUGUGUUCGUCGGCCGGCCGAAAAAAAUUUUUUCGGCCCGGCAACGCACCGGCCGCAAAUUUUUUUCGGCCCGGCGGCGCUCCAGCCGCAAACUUUUUUCGGCCAGGCGGCGCGCCGGCCGCAAACUUUUUUCAGCCCGACGGCGCGCCGGCCGCAAAAUUUUUCCGGCCAUGACAAUUUUUGUAUUUAAUUUAAUUUAAUAUGUUAAUUAAUUAGUCAAUAAAAAAUUACUUAAUUAGUUAAUAGAAAUUAGCAAUUAGUGUUAAUAUUUAUUUAAGUUGGUGUAUAAAUGUUUUUUUUUUUGUAAUAGGUGUAUGAAUGUUUAAUUACUUAGAUUAGUUAAUAGAAAAUUAAUUAAUUAAGAAUUGAUUUAACAAUUAAUGUUAAUAUUCAGUACAUUAGUUAAUAGAAAAUUAAUUAAUUUGUGAUUAAUUAACAAUUAAUGUUAAUAGUAUAUUAGUUAAUAGAAAUUUAAUUAAUUAGUGCGCAUCUAAGUAUGAUAUUGUGUAAAUUUAUAGAUAAUUAGAUAUGGAUGAUGCGGGUGGGAGUGAGUUGUAUAGAUUCAAUGGUAGGGUUGUUGAUGUAUCAACACGAAGGAAGGUGCCUAAGAAGAAUAAGGAGAAGAAGCGCUCUCGAGAUAUUGGGCAUCAGUCAGAGGCAAAUUUAGGGGAGGAUGAGUUAGAGGCUCCUACUGUAGUAGCUCGUUCGGCAUCACGGGCGUCUGGUUCCCAUGGGAGGAAUCAGGGUGCUGCAUCGAGAGUGGUCUCGGCUUAGUUUGAUGAGGACGAUAAUGAUGAGGAUAUCGAGGUCCCUCCACCUACACGUGGACAUGGACGAGUGCCUUCUUGUACGGCAACAUCACGUCCUGCUAUGUAUAAGGACCGAGCUGGGCGAUUCAUACCACCUGCUCGUGAGGAGACAGAGAGCUCGGGGACUGGACGAAGUAGGGGAGGACGUUCGAGUGGUCCUCCACCGUGGGAGCUUGUUGGUGAGUGUCCUGGUGGACCUACGGAUCCUACCCUCAUUAGGAGCUUUCGUGGCCACGCUGUCUAUGGCUUUGGAUGGGGGUUGGAGAUCGAGGGGUCACAGGUGCUACAGCCGUACAUCGGCGGUUGAUUAUCUGGGUAGCUACGUGUUUAGUCAUGUUGAGGCGGGGGAUCUGGUUCAGCAGUUAGGUCUCCAGCACCUGAUCUACUCUAUGUUCCGCAAGAUAGCGAUUGACGAGGCUUUGAUCUCAGCUUUUGUGGAGAGGUGGCAGCCAGACACGAACACCUUCCACUUGCCUUUUGGAGAGAUGACGAUCCUCCUCCACGAUGUUCAGUACUUACUGCAGAUUCCUGUUGAGGGACGACUGAUGAGUAGGAGUUCUGCGCAGCUUGACCAUCCGGAGGUGGGUUUGUGUGCGCUUCUUGGGAUGAACUCGGAGCAGUUGAGUGGUCGUUCCGAGGCCCCUGGAUAUGGUAAUAGGGGUAAGUGGUACGAGAAGGGUGGUUUUCUUGCAGAGAUGGCAUGUUUGACUACUUAUGUAUGUUUGGAUCGGAUGUUUAUGUUUAGAUCGGAUGUUUGACUACUUAUGUAUGUUUGGAUCGGAUGUUUAUGUUUAGACUGCAUGUUUAUGUUUAGAUCGGAUGUUUGACUACUUAUGUUUGGAUCGGAUGUUUGCACACUCAUGAUUAAAACAUCGAGGGUAGAUAAUGCAAUCCAUAAUGAAAUUCAUAAAUUCAU